AUGGGGUUUGCGCGGUGUGAGGGGCCUGUAUGGGGGAUUGAUGAUUUCAGUGUCUGUUUCCGACAAGAUUAUCUGCAGAUCCUCUUUCCUCUAAUCGCCCUUUUUCUUUCUGUCGCGCUUAUUGCCUGGACCACCAUAACCCGCGCAUUCAGCUCCUGGUCCAAAUCCAAAGCUAGGUAUCAACAGCUUUCAACCGAGAACCGUCGACACAGCCAUACCGAUCUCCCUCCCGAACAGGUUGAUGAUUCCGAAGACGAUGACGCACUCGAGAUUAACGGAGGUCGUUUGGCCCUUGUCAAGACCACGACUCGAGGUUCCAUUGUUCAAUCCGACACCCCACCUGGACAAUUGAUUUCGCAAAUCGUCGAAGAACUCGCCAUUGCUGGUCUUGUUGCCGUCAAUGUUAUCCAGCUCUCCUCUGGCAGCAAAGGACGCCAUAGUCGUGCUGCAGCGAUUACUGGACUUGUUAUUUGGGUCUACGUUUUUGUCCUCUCAACCUUGCGUCUCAUUCUGGGUGCUUUGAAAUGGCGAGGCCCGCAUCUCUGGAACCACACGGCUUUCCUCUACAGCUUCAACUGGGUCAUCUCCGUCUUCCUCUUCCGCUCUGCUUUCCUCCAAGAUGGCAUCAGUCAAGUCGAUCAAAUCACAACCUUUGUCGAGUUUGGUCUCAUUACGCUCCUUUUCGGAAUGGCAAUGACCACUAGAAAGGGCAACAAGACGGUUCUAUUGGAAUGGGAGGAUGGCAUUGAGCCUUCACGCGAGCCCUUGUCCAGUCUGUUUUCUCUCGCCGUGUUUGGUUGGGUUGAUGCGAUCGUCUGGAAGGGCUGGAAGGCUCCUAUGGAAAUGGAGCACGUCUGGAAUCUUCUGCCCAAGGACAAGGCCGCUGCCGUUAUUGCUGAUUACCGUCAAAUGAAGCGAACGGGAUCUCUUGCCAUGCAUCUUCUCAAGUACUUCAAGAGGGACCUCCUCAUUCAGUGCGCACUCGCCGUACUUGCCGGUCUCUUUACCUUUGCGCCAACCCUUCUUCUCAAGGUGAUUCUCGAAUUUGUCGAAAACUACGGUACUGUGUCAGAGAAUGACAGACCGAUUAACGUUCUCUGGCUUUACGUCAUUGGCCUCCCCGUAGUCGAUCUCAUCCGUUCAUAUGCCGAUAACCAAGCUCUCUGGAUUGGUCGCAAGAUUUGUAUCCGAGUCCGAGCUCUCAUCAUUGGCGACAUUUAUGCCAAAGCCCUCCGUCGCAAGGCUGCUGCUGGCAAGGACAAGGUGUUGCUCGACGAAGACAAGCCUAAAUCCACAAAGGGUGACGAAGCUCAAGAUGGUUUCAUGGGCAAGGUCAAGCGAGCGCUGGGCAUGAAGGACGAUAAGAAGGCUACACCCAACGAUGCCGAAUCCGCCAAUGAUAGCAUCAAAGAUGAUAAGAAGGACGACUCCAACGACGAGCAGGCCAAUUUGGGAACCAUUAUCAACCUCAUGUCCAUUGACAGUUUCAAGAUCUCCGAGGUUACAGCUUACCUCCACUUUUUGUGUGCCUCUGCACCUACUCAACUGAUUGUUGCCAUUGUUUUGCUCUGGCAGGUCAUGGGUCUCAGUGCUAUUCCUGGUAUUGUCGUCAUGAUUUUCCUUUUGCCCAUCAACUACGGCCUUGCUCGUGGUUUCACCAUCACUUCCAAGCGAAUCCUUGCAGCCACCGACAAGCGUACUAAUGUCACCAACGAGGUGUUGCAAAAUAUUCGCAUCAUCAAGUACUUUGCUUGGGAGCAGCGCUUUGGCCGUAUCAUUGACGAGAAGCGUCAGGCUGAGCUCAAGGCGCUGCGCUCGCGAUUCAUGGUCUGGGCAUUGGCUGUUGCUAUUUGGAACUCCGUGCCCGUCCUCAUUACGUUCUUCUCGUUCCUCGUUUACACCUUUGUUGAGCACAAGCCCCUGAAGCCGUCUAUCGCCUUUACGGCCAUCUCCCUCUUCAUGCUUCUUCGUGUUCCACUGGAUCAAUUCGGUGACAUGUUCGCUCACGUCCAGGAAACCAAGGUUUCCAUUGACCGAGUCGAGGAGUUCCUUAUGGAAGAAGAGACUGACAAGUACAUUCAACUCGGCUUGGACAACGUGGAUGAGGAUGGCGUCAGGCGAAUUGGUUUCAAGAACGCUACUCUAACUUGGGGCAGCAAAGAGACUCUUUCUGAGGACAGCACUCGCGCAUUCCGACUCAUGGACGUCGACAUUGACUUCAAGAUUGGCAAACUUAACAUCAUCGCAGGACCUACCGGCUCUGGAAAGACGUCAAUGCUGAUGGGUCUCCUUGGUGAAAUGACCUUGAUCGAGGGAGGCGUCUACUGCCCUGGUGGUCGCAGCCGAGAGGAAGUUCAUCCCGAUCCCGAGACUGGUCUGGCCAACACGAUCGCAUAUGUGGCACAGUCUGCUUGGUUGGUCAAUGCCAAUGUUCGCGAAAACAUCCUCUUUUCUAUGCCUUUUGAAGAACAACGAUACCGCGAUGUUAUUGUAGCUUGUGCUUUGGAACGCGAUCUUCAAAUUCUCGACAACGGCGACGAAACUCUGGUCGGAGAAAAGGGUAUCACACUUUCUGGCGGACAAAAGCAACGUAUCUCACUGGCUCGUGCACUCUACUCCAACUCUGCUCAUCUCCUGCUCGACGAUUGUCUGAGCGCCGUCGACUCUCACACUGCGCAAUGGAUCUUCAGCAACUGCAUCCGAGGACCGCUCAUGAAGAACCGUACUUGUGUUCUUGUGACACACAACACGACACUUUGCGUUCCCUCCUCUGACUAUGUUGUGCUGCUAGACAAUGGCCGAGUUGAAAUCCAGGGACCCUCCGCAGAGGUAAUUGCUUCUGGCAAGCUUGGUGAAGAGAUCCAAAAGACCCAGCCGGGCUCAGCCAACCCCUCAAGAAUUCCUUCUCGUGUUCCCUCCAGCGUCGGCGACGAUGAGACUACGGUAAACGGCCAGGGUGAUGCCCUCGACGGCGUGGACAGCUCUAAGGAUACUAAGAGCAAACCGAAGAAGGAUGCCAUGGAAGAGACCAAGGCCACCGGUUCAGUCAAGUGGCCCGUUCUCAAGCUUUAUCUUCAGGCUAUGGGACCGUGGUGGUUCUGGGUCGUCGCUCUGUUUGUCUUUGUUGCUCAGCAAGUCUCUGGAUUGGCUACCAACCUUUGGGUCAGAGAGUGGGCGAACCAAUACGUUGAACAGGGUGGUCCCAUUGGAAUGGAGGUCAAGUCAAACGCUUACUCUACCUCGCAAUUCUCCAAAGUCAGCUUUGCCAACGCGGUUCGAUUUGGUUCUGCAGACGACACCCCUGAACAACUCAAUGGAGCAAUCUUCAUGCAAGCCGGACAAGAGAACGUCAAUGCUAUGUACUACCUGACCGUCCUCGCUGUCAUCGGAAUUGCUGGUGCUCUUGCAGCCUUGUUCAGAGACCUUUGGGUAUUCUUGGGUUCGCUGACUGCAUCAGAGCACCUUCACAACCGGCUGAUUGCAUCUGUCACGCGGGCCAAGUUCAAGUUCUUCGAUAUCACCCCGCUCGGUCAAUUGAUGAACCGUUUCAGCAAGGAUCUGGAGGCUGUUGAUCAAGAGAUCGCACCCGUUGCCAUUGGUGUGAUCAGCUGUGGCAUUUCUCUUUUGAUGACAGUUGGCCUCAUCACAUACAUCACGCCCAAGUUCCUCUAUGCCGCCGCCGGUAUUUCUGUCUUGUUCUACCUCAUCGCUGCCUUUUACCUUCGUGCCUCGCGCGACCUCAAGCGACUUGAGGCCGUUCAGCGCAGUCCCCUUUUCCAGCAAUUCGGUGAAACCCUCAGCGGCAUGACAACAAUUCGAGCUUAUGGUGACGAGCGACGAUUCAUUCGAGACAAUCUGGAAAAGGUCAACGUUCAGAGUCGACCCUUUAUCUACCUGUGGGCUUGCAAUAGAUGGCUGGCCUUCCGGGCUGAUCUUGUUGGAGACUUGGUUGCCUUUUUCGCUGGCAUGUUCCUCAUCCUUAACCUCGGUAAGACCGAUGCUGGUGCAGCUGGUAUUUCCCUGAGCUAUGCCUUGAGUUUCACCGAGAGUGUUUUGUGGCUUGUGCGACUUUAUGCCAUCAACGAACAGAACAUGAACUCUAUGGAGCGUAUCAAGGAGUAUCUUGAUGUUGAGCAGGAGGCCGAUGCUAUUAUGGAGGACAGCCGACCUCCUGUCGACUGGCCGCAAAAAGGAUCCGUUGAGUUUGUGGACUACACAACUAGCUACCGCAAGGAGCUCAACCCCGUCUUGCAGAACAUCUCUCUCAGGAUUGAGCCUCAAGAAAAGGUCGGUAUUGUCGGAAGAACUGGUGCGGGCAAGAGUUCACUGGCUCUUGCUAUUUUCCGAGCCCUAGAGGCCGACGAAGGCAAGAUUCUCAUCGAUGGACUUGACAUUGGCAGCAUUGGUCUUCAAGAUUUGCGAGAGAACAUCACCAUCGUGCCUCAAGAUCCCACAUUAUUCCACGGAUCGAUUCGAAGCAACCUGGAUCCUUUUGAUCAAUACACAAAUGAUCAAAUCUUUGCGGCUCUUCGAAGGGUGCAGCUUAUUGGGCCCGAUGAGCCUGCAACAUCACCACCUACACCCACAGUUCCUGAUUCUCCUACUGCCAAGACCAACCAGAAUAUCUUCCUGAACCUCGAGUCACCUGUGGCUGCUUCAGGUACCAACUUGUCCCAAGGACAACGUCAGCUCUUGUGUCUGGCCCGAGCUAUGCUUAAGUCGCCUACAGUGUUGGUCAUGGAUGAAGCAACAGCAUCCAUCGACUACGCUACCGACUCAAAGAUCCAAGAGACGAUCCGAGAGCUCACAGGUACAGUGAUCACGAUUGCUCACCGAUUGGCGACCAUUGUGGAUUACGACAAGGUGCUGGUUCUUGACAAAGGUCAGGUGGUGGAAUAUGCUCAUCCAUGGGAGCUCAUCAACAAGAAAGAGGGUACAUUCCGUAGCAUGUGUGACAUGAGCGGAGAGCUAGAUGUGCUUCUCAAGGCGGCCAAGAAGAAGUGGGAUUCUGGGCGUCUAGUUGACGAUUCAUAG